AUGGUGGAAUACAUGUACACCGACGACUAUUCCGACCCUGAGGAAGAGAGCACGGUCGAGGACGACACUGACGGUGGCAAAGAGCUUCCAGUGCUUUUUCUGCACACAGCCAUGGCCGCCUUGGCAGACAAGUACGACAUCCAAGGUCUAAUAGCCUUGGCAACGGAAAAGUACACCAAGUGCCUCGCAAACGACCGUGAUUUUGCAAAGUUCCUUGACUCAAUCCCCAACAUCUACCACAUGCCUGCGGAAGCGUCUAAGCCGCUCCGAGAAGCCGCGGUGGAAUUUGCAAGG